GCAGGAUAGUUUACAGUUUAGCCUUUAUUUAUGCAACGUGUCCUCGACCCCGAUACAUGCUAAUCAUGCUAAUACCAUUAAUACAUGCAAUGUUUGAUAUUGCUUCCGUUGCCAUGGCAAAGGUGAACUUGGUAUUACUCGAUACUUGCUUCACAUUCAAGCUUUCGAUUUUUGACCUCGGAUCGACACAGUAGGCUUUUGUUUGAAAAGUUUAGUGGCAGUGAAAAUUUUUCGUUAGAUCUUUAGCUCGAAAUUUUUGUAACCGCAGUGGAAUUUUUUGAAAUUUUGGAAUACUUUUGAAGAAAUGGCUUCUUUGGACCAAAAACGUGAGGCUUUCCGUAAGUAUCUGGAAUCGGCCGGGGCAAUCGAUUGCCUGUCGAAAGCGCUCAUUAAACUGUACCAGGAGGAGCAAAAGCCGGACAAUGCGUGUAAAUUCAUCCGGCAGAUAAUGUGCGAUACUUGUCCCACCGAUGAACAGGUGGCGGAGAUGAUUCAGGACCUCGAUGGUGCUAAGCAGGAAAUUUGCUGUCUGAAAAGAGAAAUUGCCUCACUGAAGGGUGAAAUCCGCCGGUCGUCCAGUGAGGUUGCUCUAGACCUUGCGGCCGGAUUUCAGCAGUUGAAAGAGGACGAAGAGUGUAAGUCGUUGCUGAAGAAGCAUCUCACCGAGGAGAUAUUCGAAGAAUUAAAGACACGUAAAACGGAGCUUAAAUCAACACUGCUUGACUGCAUUCAGUCCGGGCUGGAGAAUCAUGACUCCGGCGUGGGUGUAUACGCAGCGGACGAACAAUGCUAUGAAGUGUUUGCCGCUCUUUUUGAUCCGAUUAUUGGCGAAUAUCAUGGGGGUUUCGCUGCUGAUGCUCAACAUCCGGCCAGCGAUUGGGGCGAUGCUUCGGUUUUCGAAAAUUUGGAUCCCGAAAACGAAUUCGUCAUUUCUACACGCGUUCGAUGUGGACGAUCGAUUCAAGGCUUUCCGUUUAAUCCUUGUCUGAAAAUGGCGCAAUAUGAGUCUAUUAUGGAUCGGGUCAAAACCGCGCUCGAAGGAUUGGAGCAGGAUGAUUUGAAGGGAGAGUUUCACUCGCUGGAAGGGAUGACUAAAGAGUUGCAGCAGCAACUAAUCGAUGAUCACUAUUUGUUCAAGGAGGGCGAUCGGUUUCUGCAGUCGGCCAAUGCGUGCCGGUUCUGGCCGAUUGGACGGGGAAUUUUUUUCAACGAAGCGAAGACGUUCGUGGUUUGGGUGAACGAAGAAGACCACCUGAGAAUCAUAUCCAUGGACAUGGGCGGAGAUUUGGGAACUAUCUACCAGCGAUUAGUUACUGCGGUGGAGACAAUUGGCAAGGACAUUGCCUUUGCACGCAGCGAUCGCUUCGGUUACCUGACCUUCUGUCCGUCCAAUCUUGGAACGACGAUCCGUGCUUCAGUGCAUAUCAAACUGCCCAACUUGGGUUCCAAUCGGAUCAAGUUAGAGGAAACUGCCGCCAAAUAUAAUCUGCAGGUACGUGGAACCAGGGGCGAACAUACCGAAUCAGAGCAAGGCAUUUUUGAUAUUUCCAACAAACGUCGCCUCGGGCUGACGGAGUUUGAAGCAGUCAAAGAGAUGUACGACGGUAUCAAAGAGUUGAUUGAACUGGAAAAGACAACCGUACCGGGUGAGGAAGAGGAAGUUGAGAUAAGUGAACCGGCCCCAGAGGGAGAACCUGCUACCGAAGAAUGAGGACAGUUAGCAAAUUAGCAAAAUCAAACGUGCAAACAGUUGAAAUUAUGAUCAUCGCGAUCGACAAUAUUAACCUGCGGCAAUCAGCUUGAGCGCAUGAGCAAUCGUUUAUUUUCUGUUUCUCUCUAUACACCUAAAUGAAAUGUAGAACCAUUAUUCGCCACUGCAGUAAUUUAUCGACAGAAAACGACAGACGUAUUGAGAAUUGA